AUGCAGUGCCUGCCGGGGCUGGUGCCGGCGCUCAGCUCGCUGCUGGGCGCGCUGGCGCUGCUGCAGCUCUCGCUCUACCUGCGCGUGCCGUCCCGCUACGGGAAGCACGAGGAGCGGCUGGCGCGGGCGCGGGGCCGGCUGCCCGCGCGCUGCGCCUGGUUCCUGCAGGAGCUGCCCUCCUUCCUGGUGCCCGCGCUGCUGCUCGCGCUGCGCAGCCCGCCGCGCCUCGAGCCGCUCGGCUGCCGCCUCCUCUGCUGCCUCUUCGGCUGGCACUACUUCUACAGGACAUUUAUUUACCCCUUCUUCACUAGAGGCAGACCUUUCCCACUGCAAUUGCUUUUCUUUGGCACGUUAUUCUGUAUCUAUAAUGGCUUCCUUCAGGGGUACUACUUGAUUUACUGCGCUGAAUAUCCAAAUGAUUGGUGCACUGACAUCAGAUUUACAUCAGGCCUUCUCUUAUUUCUGCUUGGAAUGGGGAUCAAUAUUCACAGUGAUCUCCUGUUGCGCCAGCUGAGGAAGCCAGGGGAAGUCACCUACAAGAUCCCACAAGGGGGACUAUUCACCUAUGUUUCUGGAGCCAACUACUUUGGAGAAAUUGUGGAAUGGUUUGGCUUUGCCAUAGCGACCUGGUCCCUACCAGCCUUUGCCUUUGCCUUUUUUACACUUUGCUGCAUCGGGCCACGUGCUUAUCACCAUCACAGGUACUAUCUCAAGACAUUUACGGACUACCCAAAAUCAAGGAAAGCCUUGAUUCCUUUUGUUUUUUAAUGAUCGGAAUAAGGACUCUGUGUUCUAUUUUUAUAGGGAUUUUUUUUCAAUCCCUAAUUUUGAAGUUAGAUCUGACUAUAAAUAAUUGUGCAAAUGGUAACAUGGAGUUAAAACAAGAAGGAAUUUGAAAUUGAAGUUCUUGUUUUUAAGUACAGAGGAAAUCAUGGAUAGCCACGGCUAAAUGGAUCCCCUGACAACAUGUUCCCUCAUCGGUGGCAUUCUACCUGUGGAAAAUGGGUAUAACUUUGCUGACAUCAGAAAAAAUCAUUGGCUGAAGAGAUGAAGCCAAGUGAUGAAGAGAAGGA